AUGGCGAUGGAGUCCCUGGGCGUGCUGCUGCUGCACCCCAUGAACGCCUACCUGGAGCAGGAGCUCGACCGCCGCUUCCGCCUCUUCCGCUUCUGGGACUCCCCUCCCGACGGCCGCGCCGAGUUCCUCCGCGCCAACGCCUCCGCCAUCCGCGCCGUCGUCGGCAACGCCGGCUACAACGCCGACGCCGCGCUCAUCGACGCGCUGCCGUCGCUCGAGAUCGUCGCCUCCUUCUCUGUGGGGAUCGACCGCGUCGACCUCCCCAAGUGCCGCGAGCGCGGGAUCCGCGUCACCAACACCCCCGACGUCCUCACCGACGACGUCGCCGACCUCGCCGUCGGCCUCGCCAUCGCCGCGCUGAGGAAGAUCCCGCAGGCCGACCGCUACGUGCGCGCCGGCCUAUGGAAGGCCAAGGGGGACUACACACUCACCGCGCGGUUCAGUGGCAAAAGAGUGGGCAUCAUCGGGCUGGGCAGGAUAGGGCUUGCCAUUGCCACCCGAGUGGAGGCCUUUGAUUGCCCAGUCAACUACUACCAGAGAACAAAGAAAGACUACCCCAACUACACCUAUUACCCGAGCGUGGUCGAACUGGCGGCAAACAGCGACAUCCUGGUGGUGGCUUGUCCGCUGAAUGAGCAGACCCGGCACAUCGUCAACCGCGAGGUGAUCGAGGUGCUGGGGCCCAAGGGCGUGCUCAUAAACAUCGGGCGCGGCCCUCACGUCGACGAGCCCGAGCUGGUCUCGGCGCUCGUCGAGGGGCGCCUCGGCGGGGCAGGCCUCGACGUGUUCGAGGACGAGCCCAACGUGCCUGAGGCGCUGUUCGCGCUCGACAACGUCGUCCUGGUGCCACACGUGGGGAGCGGGACGCACGAGACGCGCCAGGCCAUGGCGGACCUUGUCCUGGAUGAUUAUUGCCCUCCAAGAUCUCAUUGCUCCGCAAGCGUUUCAGGCCAGCGAGCUUCUCCAAGAAAUCAAAUCCUCGCCUCACACCCGAACGGCCGGCGAGCCUGCCUGGUGGCAUCGUCGCGCGAAGGGACGAUGAAGCACACGACGUCGGACUCGGACGUGACGAGCCUGGCGACCACGUCGCCGUCGCGGUCCCCGAAGCGGGCGGCGUACUACCGGGAGCUCUCCAGGAGCUGCGUCGCCGCCUUCUGGUUCUCGGUUCUGGUCCUGGCCUUCACCCUCGUCUGCCUCGUCGUCUGGGGCGCCGCCCGCCGUGACAAACCCAGCGUCCUCGUCAAGAGCUUGAGAGUGGAGAAUUUCUACGCCGGCGAAGGGACGGACGGCACCGGAGUGCCGACCAAGUUCGUCACAAUGAACUGCUCGCUGGAGAUAGACGUCCACAACCCCUCCACCAUGUCCGGCAUCCAUGUUUCUUCCACCUCCAUCCAGCUCUACUAUUCACAGAUACCCAUCGCCAGCGGUCAGUUGGAGAAGUUCUACCAGCCGAAGAAGAGCCGGCACGUCGCAUCGGUGACCCUGCACGGCGAGAAGACGCCGCUCUACGGAGCCGGGGCUACCUUUGUCCUCACCAACACCGACGGCGUGCCGCUCACCGUGGACUUGGCGGUGAGGACGAGAGGGUAUGUCAUCGGCAGGCUUGUCAGGGUGACACACGCCAAGCGUGUGCGAUGCCCGGUUCUUGUGAGCUCUCUUACCGACAAGCCCAUCAUGAUCGCCCAGACUGCUUGCAGCUACUCUUGA